GGGAGGGAUUUCCCUCAAAGCUCAGGGUCCGGGGACCUGGUAAGCAGAAGUGGAGGGAUUCAAUUCUCCGCGCGACUGAGUCGCCAGCGGCGGAGCUGGACCGGCUGGGACGGCUUAGUCUCCUCCGCUGAGGCUCCAGCCCGGACCGCGCCGCGCAACUUUGCCAUCCUUCUGGCCCAGCCCCGGCCACAGGAGGACCCCGCAGGCAGCGCGCGGAGUUCCUGGCACUUCCCGGCGGUGUCUCUCGUUGUCUGCCCGGGGACUGACUUCGCAUGCUCUCAGUCUGACCUGUCCAAGCCUGAACACCCGGACCAUGCAUGCAACCGGGACUCCCGGGUUAUCCUCGCGCGGGACGGGCAACUCCACCAGCUUUCAACCAGGACCGCCGCCGCCGCCUCGGCUGCUGCUACGGCUGUUGCUGCUUCUCCUGUCACUGGUAAGCCGCGUCCCGGCACAGCCCGCUGCCUUCGGCCGGGCGUUGCUGUCCCCUGGUCUCGCGGGGGCUGCAGGGGUCCCUGCUGAGGAGGCCAUAGUGCUGGCGAACCGCGGACUCCGGGUGCCUUUCGGCCGUGAAGUCUGGCUGGAUCCCCUGCGUGACCUGGUGUUGCAGGUGCAGCCCGGGGACCGCUGCGCGGUUUCGGUGCUAGACAACGACGCACUGGCCCAGCGACCCGGCCGCCUGAGUCCCAAGCGCUUCCCGUGCGACUUUGGCCCUGGCGAGGUGCGCUACUCGCACCUGGGCGCACGCAGCCCGUCUCGGGACCGCGUCCGGCUGCAGCUGCGCUACGACGCUCCGGGAGGGGCGGUAGUGCUACCACUGGUGCUGGAGGUGGAGGUGGUCUUCACCCAGCUGGAGGUUGUGACUCGGAACUUGCCUCUGGUCGUGGAAGAACUGCUGGGGACCAGCAAUGUCUUGGACGCGCGGAGCCUGGAGUUCGCCUACCAGCCCGAGACAGAGGAGUGCCGCGUGGGCAUCCUGUCCGGCUUGGGCGCGCUGCCUCGCUAUGGAGAGCUCCUCCACUACCCGCAGGUCCCUGGAGGAGCCACAGAGGGAGGCGCCCCGGAGCCUCUCCUGAUGGACUGCAAAGCUUUCCAGGAACUAGGGGUGCGCUACCGCCACACAGCAGCCAGUCGCUCACCAAACAGGGACUGGAUGCCCAUGAUGGUGGAGUUGCGUUCGCGAGGGGCUCCUGUGGGCAGCCCUGCUUUGAAACGCGAGCACUUCCAGGUGCUGGUGAGGAUCCGAGGAGGGGUCGAGAACACUGCACCCAAGCCCAGUUUUGUGGCCAUGAUGAUGAUGGAGGUGGACCAGUUUGUACUGACAGCCCUGACCCCAGACAUGCUGGCAGCCGAGGAUGCCGAGUCUCCCCCAGACCUGUUGAUCUUCAACCUCACCUCUCCAUUCCAGCCUGGCCAGGGCUACUUGGUAAGCACCGAUGAUCGCAGCCUGCCCCUUUCCUCCUUCACCCAGAGGGAUCUGCGCCUCCUGAAGAUUGCCUACCAGCCCCCCUCUGAAGACUCCGACCAGGAGCGUCUCUUUGAACUGGAACUGGAGGUAGUGGACCCAGAAGGAGCAGCUUCAGACCCUUUUGCCUUCAUGGUAGUGGUGAAGCCCAUGAACACAAUGGCUCCGGUGGUCACCCGGAAUACUGGGCUUAUUCUCUAUGAGGGUCAGUCUCGACCUCUCACAGGCCCUGCAGGCAGUGGUCUGCAAAACUUGGUCAUUAGCGAUGAGGACGACCUAGAAGCAGUGCGGCUGGAGGUGGUGGCUGGGCUCCGGCAUGGUCACCUUGUCAUUCUGGGUGCUUCCGGGGGCAGCUCUGCUCCCAAGAGCUUUACAGUGGCUGAGCUGGCAGCUGGCCAGGUGGUCUACCAGCAUGAUGACAGAGAUGGCUCACUGAGCGAUAACCUGGUGCUUCGCAUGGUGGAUGGAGGAGGCAGGCACCAGGUACAAUUUCUGUUUCCCAUCACCUUAGUGCCUGUGGAUGACCAGCCACCUGUCCUCAAUGCCAACACGGGGCUGACACUGGCAGAGGGUGAAACAGUGCCCAUCCUGCCCCUUUCCCUGAGUGCGACUGACAUGGAUUCAGAUGAUUCUCUGCUCCUUUUUGUGCUGGAAUCCCCUUUCUUAACUACUGGGCAUCUGCUUCUCCGCCAAACUCACCCUCCCCAUGAGGAACAGGAGCUUCUCAGGGGCCUUUGGAGGAAGCAGGGAGCAUUUUAUGAGCGAACAGUGACAGAGUGGCUGCAGCAGGACAUAACAGAGGGCAGGCUCUUCUACAGACACUCCGGGCCCCAUAGUCCUGGGCCAGUCACAGACCAGUUCACAUUUAGAGUCCAGGAUAACCAUGACCCUCCUAAUCAGUCUGGGCUACAGCGGUUUGUGAUACGUAUCCAUCCUGUGGAUCGCCUCCCUCCAGAGCUGGGCAGUGGCUGUCCCCUUCGUAUGGUGGUACAGGAAUCCCAGCUCACACCACUGAGGAAGAAGUGGCUGCGCUACACUGACCUAGACACAGAUGACCGAGAACUACGUUACACAGUGACUCAGCCCCCCACGGACACAGAUGAAAACCACUCGCCAGCCCCACUGGGUACCUUGGUCCUGACUGACAACCCCUCAGUCGUGGUGACCCAUUUUACCCAAGCCCAGAUCAACCAUCAUAAAAUUGCUUACAGACCUCCGGGUCAAGAACUGGGUGUGGCUACUCGAGUGGCCCAGUUCCAGUUCCAGGUGGAAGACCGAGCUGGGAAUGUGGCUCCAGGCACCUUUACCCUUUACUUGCAGCCCGUGGACAACCAGCCACCUGAGAUCCUCAACACCGGCUUCACUGUUCAGGGGAAGGGUCACCACAUCCUGAGUGAGACAGAGUUGCAUGUGAAUGAUGUGGACACUGAUGUCUCCCAUAUCUCUUUCACUCUCACACAGGCACCCAAACAUGGCCACAUGAGAGUGUCUGGACAGAUCCUGCAUGUAGGGGGUCUCUUCCACUUGGAGGACAUAAAACUGGGCCGAGUUUCCUAUGCCCAUAAUGGGGGCAAGUCCCUGACCGAUAGCUGCUCCUUGGAAGUUAGCGACAGACAUCAUGUGGUGCCCAUCACUCUCAGAGUGAAUGUCCGGCCAGUGGACAAUGAGGUGCCCGUACUGAGCCAUCCUACUGGCACACUGGAGUCUUAUCUAGAUGUCUUAGAAAAUGGGGCUACUGAAAUCACUGCCAGUGUUAUUAAGGGGAACAAUGAGGAAACUGAUGACUUGAUGUUGACUUUUCUCUUGGAAGAUCCACCUUUGUAUGGGGAAAUCUUGGUCAGUGGCAUUCCAGCAGAGCAGUUUACUCAAAGGGACAUCUUAGAGGGCUCCGUUGUAUAUGCCCACACCAGUGGUGAGAUAGGCCUUUUGCCUAAAGCGGAUUCUUUUAACCUGAGUCUGUCAGAUAGGUCUCAAGAAUGGAGAAUUGGUGGCAGUGCUAUCCAAGGAGUUACUCUAUGGGUGACUAUCUUGCCUGUCGAUAGCCAGGCCCCGGAAAUCUCUGUAGGUGAACAGUUUAUGGUAAUGGAAGGUGAUAAAAGUGCUAUAACGUCAAUGCAUAUAAGUGCUGAAGAUAUUGAUUCCUUGAAUGAUGACAUCUUGUGCACUAUAGUUAUUCAACCUACCUCAGGUUAUGUCGAGAACAUAUCUCCAGCACCAGGCUCUGAGAAAUCAAGAGCAGGGAUUGCAGUAAGUGCUUUCAUUUUGAAAGAUCUCAGGCAGGGCCACAUAAACUACGUCCAGAGUGUCCACAAAGGGGUGGAACCUGUGGAGGACCGAUUUAUAUUUCGUUGUUCUGAUGGCAUUAACUUUUCAGAGAGACAGUUCUUCCCCAUUGUAAUCAUUCCCACCAACGAUGAACAGCCAGAGAUGUUUAUGAGAGAAUUUAUGGUGAUGGAAGGCAUGAGUCUGGUCAUCGAUACACCCAUUCUCAAUGCUGCUGAUGCUGAUGUUCCCCUGGAUGAUUUAACUUUCACUAUUACCCAAUUCCCGACUCAUGGUCACAUUAUGAAUCAGCUGAUAAAUGGCACGGUGUUGGUCGAAAGCUUCACCUUGGACCAGAUCAUAGAGAGCUCCAGCAUUAUUUAUGAGCAUGAUGACUCUGAGACUCAGGAAGACACUUUUGUGAUUAAACUAACAGAUGGGAAGCACUCUGUGGAAAAGAUGGUCCUCAUUAUGGUUAUCCCUGUUGACGAUGAGACACCCAGAAUGGCCAUCAAUAAUGGACUAGAAAUAGAAAUUGGCGAAACCAAGAUUAUCAACAACAGAAUAUUAAUGGCAACGGAUUUAGAUUCAGAAGACAAAUCUUUGGUUUAUAUUAUUCGUUAUGGGCCAGGACACGGCUUAUUACAGAGACGAAAACCUACUGGUGCCUUUGAAAAUAUCACACUGGGCAUGAAUUUUACCCAGGAUCAAGUAGACAGAAAUUUAAUUCAGUAUGUCCAUUUGGGGCAAGAGGGCAUUCGGGACCUAAUUAAAUUUGAUGUGACUGAUGGGAUAAAUGCCCUCAUAGAUCGUUACUUUUAUGUGUCCAUCGGGAGCAUUGACAUUGUCUUCCCUGAUGUCAUAAGUAAGGGAGUGUCCUUGAAAGAAGGUGGCAAGGUCACUCUCACAACAGACCUACUAAGCACUAGUGACUUGAACAGUCCUGAUGAAAACUUGGUUUUUACCAUCACCAGGGCUCCCAUGAGAGGUCACCUGGAGUGCACAGAUCAGCCUGGAGUGUCCAUCGCAUCUUUCACUCAGCUGCAACUGGCUGGAAACAAAAUCUAUUACAUCCACACAGCUGAUGACGAAGUGAAGAUGGACAGUUUUGAGUUUCAAGUUACUGAUGGACGUAACCCUGUCUUUCGGACAUUCCGUAUCUCCAUUACUGAUGUGGACAAUAAAAAGCCAGUGAUCACCAUCCACAACCUGGUCGUCAGUGAAAGUGAAACCAAGCUGAUUACCCCCUUUGAACUCACUGUGGAAGACAGAGAUACUCCUGACAAGCUCCUGAAAUUCACUAUCACUCAGUUGCCUAUUCAUGGCCAUCUCCUAUUCAACAGUACCAGACCUGUCACGGUUUUUACCAAGCAAGACUUGAAUGAAAACUUAAUCAGCUACAAACAUGAUGGUACCGAGUCAAGCGAAGAUAGCUUCUCCUUCACAGUGACUGAUGGCACCCAUACAGACUUCUACGUUUUUCCCAAUACGGUAUUUGAAACAAGGAGACCCCAAGUGAUGAAGAUCCAGGUCUUAGCUGUUGACAACAGUGUCCCCCAAAUCACAGUGAAUAAGGGGGCCUCUACACUUCGCACUCUAGCCACUGGCCACUUGGGGUUCAUGAUCACAAGCAAAAUAUUGAAAGUGGAGGACAGAGACAGCCUACACGUUUCUCUGAGGUUUAUUGUGACAGAGGCCCCUCAACAUGGGUAUCUCCUCAACCUGGACAAAGGCAACCACAGCAUCACUCAGUUUACCCAAGCUGACAUUGAUGACAUGAAAAUAUGCUAUGUCUUAAGAGGAGGGGCUGAUGCCACAAGUGAUAUGUUCUAUUUUGCGGUUGAAGAUGGUGGUGGAAACAAGUUAACCAACCAGCAUUUUCGUCUGAAUUGGGCAUGGAUCUCCUUCGAAAAGGAAUAUUACCUGAUCAAUGAGGAAUCCAAAUUUCUAGAUGUCAUUCUUAAACGCAGAGGUUACUUGGGAGAAACUUCUUUUAUAAGUAUUGGCACAAGAGAUGGGACUGCAGAGAAAGACAAAGACUUCAAGGGCAAAGCACAGAAACAAGUGCAGUUCAACCCAGGCCAGACCAGGGCCACGUGGCGAGUGCGGAUCCUGAGUGACGGGGAGCAUGAGCAGUCUGAAACCUUUCAGGUGGUCCUCUCGGAGCCCGUGCUGGCUGCCCUGGAAUUCCCCACAGUGGCCACUGUUGAGAUAAUUGACCCAGGAGAUGAAUCAACCGUAUUUAUUCCCCAGUCCAAAUACUCCAUUGAAGAAGAUGUUGGUGAGCUGUUCAUUACCAUCAGGAGGAGCGGGGAUGUGAGCCAGGAGUUAAUGGUGGUCUGCUAUACCCAACAAGGAACAGCAACUGGAACUGUGCCAACUUCCGUGUUAUCUUACUCCGAUUACAUAUCCAGGCCUGAGGACCACACCAGUGUUGUCCGCUUUGACAAAGAUGAACGGGAGAAACUGUGUCGGAUAGUCGUAAUUGACGACUCCUUGUAUGAGGAGGAGGAAACUUUCCAUGUCCUUCUGAGCAUGCCCAUGGGAGGGAGAAUCGGAUCAGAGUUCCCAGGGGCUCAGGUUACAAUCCUUCCUGACAAAGACGAUGAACCCAUGUUCCACUUCAGCGAUGUGGAAUACUCCGUGGAUGAGAACGCCGGUUCCGUGGACGUGCGGGUGUGGAGAACGGGCACGGACCUGUCCACGUCCUCUAGUGUCACAGUGAGAUCUCGGAAAACAGAUCCUCCCUCUGCAGAGGCUGGAACAGACUAUGUGGGCAUCAGUCGUAAUUUAGAUUUUGCACCUGGAGUCAACAUGCAGCCCAUUCGUGUUGUCAUUCUGGAUGAUCUAGGACAACCAGUGCUGGAGGGAAUUGAGAAAUUUGAACUGGUGCUUCGUAUGCCUAUGAACGCAGCCCUUGGCGAGCCCAGCAAAGCCACAGUGUCCAUAAAUGACUCUGUCUCUGAUUUGCCGAAGAUGCAGUUCAAAGAACGAACAUAUACUGGCAGUGAAAGUGAUGGGCAGAUAGUCACAAUGAUCCACAGGAGUGGGGAUGUCCAGUACAGAUCUUCAGUGAGAUGCUACACCCGGCAGGGGUCUGCACAGGUGAUGAUGGACUUUGAAGAACGCCCAAACACUGAUAUCUCCAUCAUUACAUUCCUCCCUGGUGAGACGGAAAAGCCUUGCAUCCUUGAGCUGAUGGAUGACAGGCUCUAUGAGGAGGUCGAGGAACUCCGCCUGGUACUCGGCACUCCACAGAGCAACUCUCCCUUUGGGGCUGCAGUUGGUGACCAAAACGAAACUCUCAUAAGGAUCCGAGAUGAUGCUGAUAAGACUGUUAUUAAAUUUGGAGAAACCAAAUUUAGUGUCACUGAACCCAAAGAACCUGGAGAGUCAGUGGUUAUAAGAAUUCCAGUGAUUCGCCAAGGAGACACUUCAAAGGUUUCCAUCGUGAGAGUCCACACCAAGGAUGGUUCCGCCACCUCUGGAGAAGACUACCACCCUGUGUCAGAAGAAAUUGAGUUUAAGGAAGGAGAAACCCAGCACAUGGUUGAAAUCGAAGUUAUCUUUGAUGAGGUGAGAGAGAUGAGAGAGGCCUUCACUGUUCACCUAAAGCCUGAUGAAAAUAUGAUAGCAGAGACGCAGGUGACUAAAGCCAUUGUGUAUAUAGAAGAAACGAUCAGCAUGGCAGAUGUCACUUUCCCUUCUGUCCCUCAAAUUGUGUCCCUGCUGAUGUAUGAUGACACUUCCAAAGCUAAGGAGAGUGCUGGACCCGUGUCUGGCUAUCCUGUCAUCUGUGUCACAGCUUGCAACCCCAAAUAUUCAGAUUAUGAUAAAACAGGUUCUAUCUGUGCAAGUGAGAACAUCAAUGACACUUUGACCCGGUACCGGUGGCUGAUUAGUGCACCCACAGGCCCUGAUGGUGUGACCAGCCCUAUGAGAGAAGUGGACUUCGACACCUUUUUUACGUCAUCCAAGAUGGUCACGCUGGACUCCAUAUACUUUCAGCCUGGCUCCCGCGUGCAGUGUGCAGCUCGUGCUGUGAACACCAACGGGGAUGAAGGCCUGGAGCUCAUGAGCACUAUCGUAACCGUAAGCAGAGAAGAAGGUCUCUGUCAGCCGCGUGUACCUGGGGUUGUCGGGGCAGAGCCGUUCUCAGCUAAGUUGCGAUAUACAGGCCGUGAGGACCCAGACUACACAAACCUUAUCAAGCUCACUGUCACGAUGCCGCACAUAGACGGCAUGCUUCCUGUGAUCUCCACCAGAGAGCUUUCCAACUUUGAGCUCACCCUCAGCCCGGAUGGCACGAGGGCUGGAAACCACAGGUGCUCCAACCUCCUGGAUUAUACCGAAGUGAAGACUCAUUAUGGUUUCUUGACUGAUGCUACCAAAAACCCGGAAAUAAUUGGCGAGGCAUAUCCUUACCAGUACAGCUUGUCUAUCAGAGGUUCCAAUACCUUACGCUUCUACCGAAACCUGAACCUAGAGGCCUGUUUAUGGGAGUUUGUUAGCUACUACGACAUGUCAGAACUCCUUGCUGACUGUGGUGGCACCAUCGGAACAGAUGGACAGGUCCUAAACCUAGUGCAGUCCUAUGUGACCCUUCGAGUCCCCCUGUAUGUUUCCUACGUGUUCCAUUCCCCUGUGGGGAUAGGAGGCUGGCAGCAUUUUGACUUGAAGUCAGAGCUUCGUCUGACUUUUGUGUAUGACACUGCCAUCUUGUGGAAUGAUGGGAUUGGCAGCCCCCCAGAGGCUGAACUUCAAGGUUCCCUCUACCCAACCAGCAUGCGCAUCGGUGACGAGGGGCGCUUGGCCGUGCACUUCAAAACAGAGGCUCAGUUCCAUGGCUUAUUCGUGUUGUCACAUCCCGCAUCCUUUACAAGCUCAGUGGUCAUGUCAGCUGAUCAUCCGGGCCUGACAUUUUCCCUCCGCCUCAUAAGGAGUGAACCAACCUAUAACCAGCCAGUACAGCAGUGGAGCUUUGUCUCUGACUUUGCCGUACGUGACUACUCUGGGACCUAUACUGUGAAGCUGCUGCCAUGCACCGCCCCAUCGCAUCAGGAAUACCGCCUGCCAGUCACCUGCAACCCCAGGGAGCCUGUCACCUUUAACCUUGACAUUCGAUUCCAACAGGUCAGCGAUCCAGUGGCUGCUGAGUUUAGCUUGAACACCCAGAUGUACCUGCUCUCUAAGAAGAGUCUCUGGUUGUCUGAUGGCUCCAUGGGAUUCGGGCAAGAGAGUGAUGUUGCUUUUGCAGAAGGUGAUAUAAUUUAUGGUCGUGUCAUGGUGGAUCCGGUCCAGAACCUGGGUGAAUCCUUUUUCUGCAGCAUUGAGAAGGUGUUUCUAUGCACUGGAGCCGAUGGCUAUGUUCCCAAGUAUAGUCCAACGAAUGCAGAAUAUGGCUGCUUAGCCGACUCUCCUUCCCUCUUAUAUAGAUUUAAAAUUGUGGACAAAGCUCAGCCAGAGACACAAGCUACCAGUUUUGGAAAUGUCCUAUUUAAUGCCAAACUAGCAGUGGAUGACCCUGAAGCUGUUCUCUUAGUGAAUCAGCCUGGAUCUGAUGGAUUUAAAGUCGACUCAACACCCCUCUUUCAGGUCGCUCUGGGCCGAGAAUGGUACAUACAUACGAUCUAUACAGUGAGAUCAAAAGACAAUGCCCACCGAGGUAUUGGCAAGAGAAGCGUGGAGUAUCAUUCUCUGGUGAGUCAAGGAAAGCCCCAAGCCACCACCAACAGCCGGAAGAAGAGAGAGAUCAGGAGCACACCCUCGCUGGCAUGGGAGAUUGGUGCUGAAAACAAUCUGGGAACAAACAUCCAGCACAUUGCCCUGGACCGCACCAAGAGGCAGAUCCCCCAUGGGAAAGUACCUCUGGAUGGCAUCCUUCCCCGGGAGCUCAACAGCCCCAGCUCUGCAGUCAGCCUGGUCACUGUGGUGGGAGGCAUCGCGAUAGGGUUACUCACCAUCUGCCUCACUGUCAUCGCAGUACUGAUGUGCAGGGGCAAGGAAAGUUUCAGGGGGAAGGAUGCCCCGAAGGGCUCCAGCAGCAGCGAGCCCAUGGUGCCCCCACAGGGCCAUCACAAUGACAGCUCAGAAGUUUGAUGACACACAGGUAGAAUGCAACCUUUUCCUUAAGUGCCUAAGUAAAGACCACAAUGGAAUCCUAAAUACUUCUGGUAAACCAUAGAGAAUGGAGGACGUCUGUGACAAAGCUGCUCAGAGAACAUGAGUGUACUAAUGUACUUUGAUUUGAAUUCUCCAUACUCUUUUAUGCAUCAAAGGACAAAUUAAGACGUCUUUCCUCUUGCCCAGAAGGCAGCAACGAUGUACUCACAUGUACACAGAGCCAUGGAUAGAUGGUGAGGAAUGUACUCCUCAUUUUAGACAUAUUCUCUAUGCAGUGGAGAUAAACCUAUUAAACGGUGCUAACAGACUCUCUUACAAGAGCAAGAGAGGUCUAUUGUCACUAUGUUAGUGUGAAUGUUGAAGGUGCAAUGAUCACACUGUUUAUUCAUUGUAUAACAGAUUAUUACUAGAAAGGUUUUCAUUGCUAGUCUGGAAAAAUGGUGAACACAGUGUUUAUUAUGACAAGUUUUCAAAUAGCUGAAGACAUCAUAGAAUUGUGACCAGGGGUGGCUCAACCCACAAAUCAACUGAUCUACUACUUAGGACACGGUGGAAGGAAAGACAGAGGGAAGGAAGUUCACUCACUUGAAUUUGAAUUGCUUCUCAUUCUCCUCGGACUCUCCUUGUUUUAUUUGCCUAUUUAAUUUUAAAUUAAACCAAAGAAUAUGUUAAUUCUGGAAGAGAUUUUUAAGAGAGAUGGCUCUGUUGUGGCAUGUAGUGAGUAACGAUAGAGCUCUUGUGUGGUGAUACACCUUAUGGGUGCUCAACAUUUGUGGGAAAUUAGAGGGUUGGUGACAUUUUGGUGAUGAAGAAAUGCCACAGAGUUAAGAGUCACUACAAGACAGUGUUCUCUAAGAACGGAGCCUAGAUGUUUGCAGUAUUGAACCCAUAGAGGAUAAAGAGAAACAUGAGUAAGAUGGUGAAGGGAGAAAGUGGUAUUUAUUUAUAUGAUGUGUAUGAUCAGAGUGCCUCUUAGACAUACUUAAUAGGAUAAAAGAACAUUUUGACAGAUGACAGAUGAGGUUAUCCCUCAGAGUAGCAUAAUCACACAAUAACAUUUAGAACUUACAUUGGCCACAGGACAUUUUAUUAGCUUUCUAUGCAGUAUCUGGUCCAAACAAUGGGAAUCUCUGCAACUAUCAUUCCAGAAAUCAUAUUGGAGGUGGCCAGAAUCAUGGAUCAUAUUCUUCUUUGAUUCAAGAUGUCACUCUGGCAUCCCCUGUUCAGCGAACUGGUGCAGUGUAAUCCCUCUCAGUAUUUAAAAAUAUAACUUGUAACAGUACUUACCAUUCACCUCACAAAGCCAGGGAACUUAGGUAAGCUUGCUUGGCAAGCCUCUCCGUUGCCUUUCUGCAUCAAUGUGUUUUUUACCAACUAGCAGAAAUUUUUCUCAGAAAGGGAAAACUUCAGUAUCUUCAUGAGCUGUUUUCCAAAAGCUAAUAAACAUGUUUCAAAGAAAAAUAAGGUCAGGAGAAAAAGAAUAAUGCCUAAAGAUUAUCCUUCAAAUGCUGGCUAGAAUCCCCUUUCACUUCUAGCUGUAAACUGGCUACACUGGACAGCUUUGUCACUGCAGAUUUUUAAAAGGCAAACUUCGCAGAUCAGAUGUGCACAUCUUAAUUUGGUGCCUGUAAGUAUCAACCAUUUCUUGAUCAAGAUAAGGAAGUGACACUCUUCCUAAGAGAGAGGAAACGUGUCUGACAGUUGCCUUUCUUCUUUUAGGCCACUCUGAACUUCAUAUUCAGUCUUUUAAAAAAUAGAUUGUAGUAUCCUUUCAUUGGAGAAUUUACAAAUGUCACCUACAUUUCAAAAGUCCCACUAACAGCUUAUACAAAUGAAAGUACUGUGUAGCCCAGGAGUUUAUUUAGCAAGAUAAAUAGUGAUAAUGUCUUAACCAUCCCCCUUUCCUCUGCUUUACCUUCUGGCAGAUGCUUAACUACUAUUUUGGCUACCUCAUAAUUUGUAUGGGAAUGAACAUGAAUUAGGGAGCUUCAAACAGUGCGUCGACCUUUCACUACUUACCAUUGGGUUCAAUUGAAGUAGGCUGUUAGAUCAAGCAUACUCAAUCAACUCGCUGAUAUUUCAGUGGUUAAGAGCUUCCGAGCCUAUCGUGCAGUUUUGGAGUGUUGUGUCAAUGAAUACAGUAAUCGGUGAAGCAUUAUUGUAGAAGUCUGUUUCGAAGGGCCGGGCGCGGUGGCUCACACCUGUAAUCCCAGCACUUUGGGAGGCCGAGGCGGGUGGAUCACGAGGUCAAGAGAUCGAGACCAUCCUGGUCAACAUGGUGAAACCCCGUCUCUACUAAAAAUACAAAAUAUUAGCUGGGCAUGGUGGCGCGUGCCUGUAAUCCCACCUACUCGGGAGGCUGAGGCAGGAGCAUUGCCUGAGCCCAGGAGGCGGAGAUUGCGGUGAGCCGAGAUCACGCCAUUGCACUCCAGCCUGGGUAACAAGAGCAAAAUUCCAUCUCAAAAAAAAAAAAAAAAGAAGAAGUCUGUUUCGAGCCUUUGGGGAAGGCUGGUUUUAUAUCAGAUUUCACUCCUCAAUGCAUAUCAGGCUACUGUAUAUAAAUUGGAGAGCUUAUAAAACACAGAACAUUUCUAUCCUAUCCUACCAAAUAAAAAUGUAUCCUUCUCUGUCCAUCUGUUCUCUUACUCUCUCCUCCCUUUUUUUCCUUCCCUUUAUUUCCUUGAAAAAAGAAAGUCUGUGGGAAAUAGGCAGCUACAGCUUUUUAAAGUAUAAAUGGCUUGGAAUUUUGCAUCAUUUUCUGAAUAUCUAUUUACUAAAUAUGUAAUUUAAUAUACUAAUUAUUUUUUGAAACUUUUUAGUGGGAAGAAUAAGAUAAUUUUUUUUUGUUAAAUAAUAUUGACCCUUAUUUUUAGCAUUUUGUUUUUAGAGAACUAUUCUGGUGCUAUCAGAACAAAUAUAUAAAAUAACUUCCCAUAGAGAACAGGGUAUAGCAAUAAUAGGUCCUUAACACUCAGUGGCUUCUGACUCUAAUCAAGGUCUUGUUGAUAUUAUAUAGUGAAAAUAAAACCAAAAAAAAUACUAUACUAGUAGUUCUCCUAAGCAUAUAAAUCAUAAGGCAUUGACAUGUGUAUUUUAAUGAUGAUUUUAUCUGUUCCCGUUUUUGUCCUUAGUUAACAUUUACUGAUGCUCAUCUAGGAUCGGCUAUUCUGAGAGACUGCAUAGAAUCCAAGCUCCAUGUCUUGUCCUGGGCCGGUUAUAACUGAACUGAAUGCAGCUCUUUAUUUGGACUAACGUGUCAGGAUUUGCAUUAGAUUCUCUCCUGAACCAAAAACACAACAGUCCUAUCCGUGAAGCACAAUUUAAAAAUCUUUCCAGAAUAACAACAGCAGAGUCCACUCUUGUGUAUCUAAAACAGCCACAGGUUAUGGAUCAUCUUGAUGACAGAUUUAUACAAAAUGAUUCAACCCGGUAACUUUAUAAAAUUGACCUUUGCAAACCCACACAGGGGAGUGCCUUGUAGAGCUGUGGGUGGCACUGCAUAUUCUUUUACUCUUGUGAAAGAUAGGCCCACUUUAUUCCAAGAAUAACACGUAGCACAUAAACUCCUUCCAGUGCGUUAGCAGCAUUAGCACCUUCUGAAGUCCACCCUCUCAGAAGAAUCCACAAUGUUUGAACAGUAUGCGUAAAGGUCAGCUAGCAUCCUGCUGCCAAGCCACUGCAUAGCAUUGUGAUGAGAAGGACCAACUCUAGGCUCAGUAUGAAGAGAUUUAGUUCUGUAAGCAGCAAAAGAGCUUCUUUUUUUUCUUUAUUUUUUUUUGAGACGGAGUCUUGCUCUGUCACCAAGCUGGAGUGCAGUGGCACAAUCUCGGCUCACUGCAACCUCCUCCUCCUGGGUUCAAGUGAUUCUUCCACCUCAGCCUCCUGAGUAGCUGGGACCACAGGUGCAUGCCACCACGCCUGGCUAAUUUUUUUUUCCGUCUUUUUAGUAGAGACGGGGUUUCACCAUGUUGGCCAGGAUGGUCUCAAUCUCUUGACCUCAUGAUCCACCCACCUCAGCCUCCCAAAGUGCUGGGAUUACAGGCGCGAGCCACCACACCCAGCCCAAAAGAGCUUCUUUAUCAAGUCAUCUUACCUCUAACUCUUUUCCAGUGUGCCAACUCCAAAGUGAAUAUUAAAAAUGUAAAUAGACCUGUGUAAAUAUCACAGAGAAAUUUUUCUUAUUCAUCUCAAUGCUCAGAAUUAAAAUAUUCCCAGGUUGAAAAUACCAAUAAUAGAGCUAGAUAUAAUGACAUCUAGAUUUUAAAAGUUGGAAAUUUUAUUUCUGCUUUUUGAAAACACUUAUUUAGUAUUGACUUGGAAGCCAAUUCAGUCCUUUAAUAAGUAAUGAAAAAAAUGUUUAAAAAUGUAAAUGUCUUACAAAUUUGAAAAUUUUGUAAUUGUAUUAAUCCGAAAACAAGCACAUUGCCAUUCUUUGAAAUGUGUUUCUAGACAUCACAGCAGUAAGAAACGGAUGAAAACGAGUGUCUUUGCUAAGUGUAUGGCAAAUAAAUGGGACCCAAAUGUUCAAUCAGUUCAGUUUGCCAAGGUUCAGAAACACGUAAUUUAGGAGGAAACUAUAAAUACCAUUGCUAUCACAGCCACACAUACACACACAUAGAUAUAAAAAUAGCCAAACAUCUAAUUUCUAGGAAAGAGCUAACACUAAAGGCAUAGUUUUAACUGAAAUAGUUCAAAUGAAGUUUUACAGAAAGGUCAACAGAAAGCUCAUUUGUGAAAACACUAUCGUGGGAGUAUCCGUAACAUAGCUCAGAGGUUAAUAUAUUUCUUGGAGGUAUUUUCCUAGAAUUGAUUGCAGUAUUGCACGGUCAUAACAUAUAAUGUUUAAGGAAACAUUAUAUAUAGGUUCAAAUUAUUCCUUAAUGUCUAUUUCUCCCCUUUUCCAUAGAUUUUGAUACUAAGAAACAAAAUGCCUUGAGAUUUUGGUAACUAUUUUGAUUUUUAUGAGACAUUUUAAAAUAGAAGGACAUGAUAUUUUUCUAUAGUUUCCACCAGGAAGCGUACAUCAAAAACUUCUCAGUAAGGAAAGAAAACUGACUCAUGAAUUAAAGUUGAUGAAAUAUGCCAAUGUUUCUCUUAAUUGUAUUUUAUUAGGAGAAACUCAGAAUACUGAAUUUGCAAACUUUUAAACAGCAAUCAUAGCUCCUUAGACACUAUCUUUCUUCCCUAUCUUUCAAGCACAUUUAAUUCAUUUCCCCAAUAUUUGUUUGCUUUGUAUUUUUUCCAUAUUUUGUUUAGUUAAAGACCAGUAACAAGAACAAAGAUGCUCAGCCAUGACACCUACUUUUGCUUUUUUUCUUUCUUUCUUUUAAGUUGUUGAACUAGGUUUCUUUCUCUGAGAUGUAUUUUUCAUUCUUCCAAUAAUGCACCCCAUUUCAUUUCAAAACCAUGACCAUUUUCAAUAUGUAAUUAAUAUCCUCUUUCAUCAGAAAGCUGGUAAGUCCACACAGCAUUUAUGCAGUAUCCCUUACGUGUAAAAUGUUAAGACUUUCAGCUGAAAGAACAAAGAACUUCCUGCAAAAGAUCAAAAGCGUCAUACUGAAUAAAAUGAUGACAGUCUGUGCCUUGAUUUUUCUCUCAGUGGAGGUUCAAUGUUGACAUUUAAGUGCAAAAAAGAAAUUUUCCUUUCAUGAUUUAAGAAUAAAAAGUCAGAGGUCACAUAUAUGGAGUUGUUUUGGAUGACUGAAAACCUUAAAAUGAACUAAAUAACUGAAAUAAAUUGUUAAACUGUUAACAUCAUUGAAGUUUUUAAAACUAUAAUUAUUAGAUGCCCACCGUUCUUUUACUAUGCCAAAUAUUGCCUACACUCAUUACAUGAAUGUCAGAAUUUAAGUGAAUUUCUACUAUAUUUAUUUUUCCCAGUGUUUGGAUCAUCCUCUCAGAUAAGAAUUGUCAGCAUUGCACCUCAAGAAAGAAAAAAAGUAAGAAUGUAAAUUUUUAAAAACUAGCAUUAAAAAUAAAGAGCAUUACAAUAAAAAUCACUUAAAAUAGAGAAAGGCAAUACUGAGGAAGAAGAAAAAAUGAUUACUAUAAAAGCUCAAUUUAUGCACAUUACAAAAAGUAGUACAAGUUAGUCUUUCAUUGUGACUUCAGGAAUUUGAAUUGUUGGCUAGAUUUUUUUUUUUUUUUUUGAGACGGCAUUUUGCUCUUGUUGCCCAGGCUGGAGUGCAGUGUGGUGAUCUCAGCUCACCGCAACCUCUGCGUCCUGGGUUCAAACAAUUUUCCUGCCUCAGCUUCUCGAGUAGCUGAGAUUACAGGCAUCUACCACCAUGCCCGGCUAAUUUUUGCAUUUUUAAUAGACACAGGGUUUCUCCGUGGUAGUCAGGCUGGUCUCCAACUCCCGACCUUAGGUGAUCUGCCUGCCUCGGCCUCCUGAAGUGCUGGGAUUACAGGCGUGAGCCACUGCACCUGGCCUGGCAAGAUACGUUUUAUAAUUGUAUUAUGUACCUGCCUCCUUCCCAAGUGCCCUCCCUAACACUAAGUAAAUUUAUAUUUCUCUAGCCUCUGAGUGACAUAACUGUGUGUGAUGGAAGUAUUUGCAGAACUUCAUAGCAUUACUUACUUUCCCAUGAGAAUUUUUCAAAACCUAACAGGGUCUAGUGUUAUCAUAUAUUUACUAAGUUACUACAUAUUGGUGGAUAUUGACAUUUAUUCCCGGGAAUCUACUUCUGCAAACAAUUUGGAGCCAUUCGGUCAUAAAUUCAUGUCUAAAAUAAGUCUUGCUGCCACUUGUGUUUCAUAACUAUACACUUGCUUUCCUUCAAAAUAUAUCAGGUGUGUAAUAUAAAUAAAGCCCAUAUGAAUAUAAA